GCCAGCUGUCAGCCAUCGAUUCUAAGAACUUUUGUUGCCUUAGAAAGCAGCGUUACGUACAGAAACAGUAUUUUUUCAUUUAUUGCACGAAAUUAGAAUUAUUUACACGCGCUUCGUAUAGAUUUCGUCAGAAAUGGACAGUAAUAUUCGUUACAAUAUGCCUUCACAUACAAACAGUGACACAAAUGGAGAACCAGUGACCCAAAAUGAAAUACCUACGUUAACUGUGUCAUUACCAAUUAUACAAAAUGAUAUGAUCAAUCGCUAUGGAAACAUUGCUACAGCCCAAACUUCGAUUGACCAUCGAAUGGCUGAAGGAGACGAAAUACCACCUCCAAACGCAGAUUUUUCAGCUCCUCCACCUUACGAAGUAGCUACAAAAUUACCCAGUUACGAAGAGGUUCAACGUGAAAAAACUUUACAAGGGGAACAUCAUCCUGAUAUACGCACAUUUUCCCAACUUGGAGCAUUACAGCAACCUGUAGCAAUUCUUGCUGUAGAUACUGAAGCUGCAGAAGGAGAUUCAGAAAGUGAUUUACUUGGUACUGAUUUUAUGUUCUUUACAGCAUUUUUGGUUGCAUUUUUAUUUAAUUGGAUUGGAUUUCUACUUCUGAUGUGCUUUUGUCACACGAUUGCAUCGCGAUAUGGAGCAUUAUCUGGUUUUGGCUUAUCAUUGACAAAGUGGACAUUGAUCGUUAAACAUUCCACUGACCUUGCAUCGCGUGAAAAUUCAUGGCUGUGGUGGUUAAUAAUAGGAUUUGGUAUUUUGAUUUGUACACGGGCAAUUAUUCAAUAUUUGAACAUUAAACGUGGUUGGAGACUAUUGCCCGGAAGUGCUCAAGAACGUUUACUUUUUUUUUAUUAAGCCACUAAAUCUACACUUUUAUUUAACUUGGCUUUAGAACAAACAGCAUUUCUAUUUGGGGUUGUAUUUGUAUAAUAUAUAAUCCACACCCUUUAAAGACGUUACUUUAUAUUGGCUACAUAUUAUUCUAUUACUAGAGAAUAAAGUUAUUAAAAUUAUUGAGACUAUUAGCCAAAUUCGCUUAUAUGUGAAAUAACUGAGACAAAGUAAAGAGAAAACAUAAGAUAGUAUUUGCACAUUCUUUUAUGUGUUACUACACAGAUAAAGUAAAAUGUAAAUUUUUAUUGCUCAAAUAGUACGAACAAUGUGAAAUAUUGUUAAUUUACGUGUUGUCCGUUUAAACACGAAGCUUCUUAACGUCUCACGUAUAUAUGUAAGUUUAUUACUUAUAAAAUUGGUGUUACAAGUACAAAAAUUUAUUUUGAAAAAGGAAGCAUAUAAUCACUGUUCUCAAACAGGUAUCAAAGAGUAAGAGUUGUAAUAGUGAUAUUGUGUAAUACACUCUAGUGUUAGAUAAGCUUUUAGAAUUUUGAUUAUACAUGAUCUGUGUACUGAUAAUCCGAAUUGCUUGUUUGUAUAUUACUAUAAUUUAUAGAGACAAUUCUUAUCGAUUUAAAGAUCUAAGUUAAUCUUAUAAAAUAUAUGUACAAUGUGUAUGUAUAUAUGUAUUUAUAUGUACACACACAUAUAAAUGUAUAAAAAAAAACAACAAAAAAAAUUAUUGCAA